CAAUAGCUGCAGCUCGGAGUCUGAGGCAGUGGGAGUGAGGAGAGUAGAGUGAGAGCACUGGGAGAGCGAGAGAGCCCAGGACCAACACUGCUCACUUUAAGAGUUUCUACAAGUUUGUGGGGGUGCAGUUGUUGGACUUUGGAGAAGAAACGAAGCACAACGCUGCAGCGCAGACACCGAGUUCUCUUCUGCGAGCUGACACACAACCUCCCCAACAUCUGGUCUGCUGCUGGAGGACGGGGCGAGCCGCGGAGACAAACUUCUUGGAGGCGGAGAGAAACGACUAUCACCGCUGGACAAAAAUGCACUGAAUUGUGGGGGGGAUCUGGGACACCUUCAUGAGCCGAGGAGUGCUUCGGUGCGCGCGUGAAGUGACACGAGUGGAGGGGGAAGGUGUCCGAGGACGAGCGAGUCCGAGAGGAGAGGUCAGAGAAUGAAUUAGUCUCAGAUCGGCUGCUCACUGUCCCAGCCAGAGAGAAGGCUCACUCCUUGGCCCCUCCACCUCCUCCCAUAAGAGCCAGGCUGACGUCCAUGGAUGAGGAGCGGAGUGCACCCCCCAUCUCCCCAGAGACGCCUGAUGAUGGGGAUCCCGCUCGACCAGCUCCGCAACCAGAUUCACACACAGCCUCCAACACAGAGAGGGCGAACAGCUGCCCAGAGCCAAAUCCCUUUCAAGGUGAAGAUGUGGCCCACAUUUAUACUGAACCCCUCAUAUUGAGGUUAAAUGGCACCCCAGAACGGUUGCUAGGCAAGGAUGGAGACAAUUGUAACAGCAGCCUCCCACACUCGGAGCUUACGACACCCAGCAAGAGUAUCACAUCUCAACCAGCAGCCAGAUCCACGCCCAUCCAGCACACCCAGCCAUGUCGGACGCAGCCCAGCAGCCACCUACGAAACGGGACCAGGCAGCACUCACACCCCCACUCCCCUCACACGCACUGUCCGCAUCACACGCACAAGCAUGGCCUCCAGUCCAACGGGGUCAGGAGCACUCAUGAGCAUCCUAAGCUGGGCUCGCUCCCAAAAGGCGGCUCCUCCACCUCCUCCUCCUCUUCAGCGGGACCCAGACACACCAAGAAAUUGCAGUCCAACCCGUCCAUCACCUCCCAGAGCAGCAAGAGGAGCAAGAGCAGCUCCAAGAGCAACAGCUCCCAGAUUCCCACAGAGGGACAGGAUGACUGCUGUGUUCAUUGCAUCCUGGCCUGCCUCUUCUGUGAGUUCCUAGCUCUGUGCAACAUCGUGCUGAACUGUGCCACCUGUGGCUCCUGUGCCGGGGACGAGUCGUGCUUCUGCUGUUGUUGCGCGUCAGAGGAGUGUGGCGACUGCGACCUGCCCUGUGACAUGGACUGUGGCAUCAUUGACGCCUGCUGUGAGUCUGCAGACUGCCUGGAGAUCUGUAUGGAGUGCUGCAGCCUUUGCUUCUCCUCCUGAGGACCCCGCCGCCACCACAGGGGGCAAAGUAGAUGCUUGCUAUUCAAUCCUACAAGCCCAGGAACAGUUUCGACCUGGCCCCAAAGCUGAGAAGCUUUACACCCACCCACAUCAUUGUUGCCUGAGAUCUGUGACUCACACUAUUGGCUGGUCUAGUUGGCUCCACAAUACAUCCAAUACUUUUGACAGGGUUUGCCAAGUGAAAUGCUUACAGCAGUCACUUGUGAACUCUUCCUUCCUUUAUUGAUCAAACGAUGGGAUGGUAGCUUCCCCAGCCUUGUCUUUUGUGGUCCGUCCAUUUACUGCACAGCUGGGCGCAUGUGCAGAGUGAGUUCCAGCUGUGGUCCAUGUGAGGUUGCCAGGCUGUGCAGCCUCUGGACCCUCACUGAACAAGCUAUUAUUACAAUGGAGCCCCUUGUGCCAUCUGAAUGACUAGAGUUCUCUAAGCAUGAAAAAUGACCUUCAAAUGCAAAUGAGAAAAUGGCUCCAUUUAACUGGAUUUUAAUGUUUCUAUAGAUAAGAGCAGCAGCGUAAUGGGAAAAUGGCCCCUCAGAUCUCAGUAGUAAUGCAGUGUGUCCUCCUGUCCUUGGCAAGGUUAAAGUCCCUCACUUUGAUUGCUUACAGUGGACUUUGCAACACACGGACAAAGCGGCAGAUGUGGGAUUAGCCGCUGUUUUCAUCAGUGUUGCAAUGUACAAAAUUGAGAAGACAUUAACGGUGGCUUGUGGCAAUAUUACAGACAGAUAUUUUUGUCAAUAUGCAUCUCAUUUAAAGUACUUUUUUUUAUAGAGAAGAAUCAUGAGAGUGUUAUGCAUCAGCCGGGACAUGGGUUCGUGAUUGUUGGUUGAUAGCAUCCGCAGUGGACGUCUUCUCUGCUCUAACAUGUGAAGGGAGAGAGUUCUUAAUCAAAAGUCUCUCCUCGUUUAAUGUCUCACAUCUUGUUUACUUUCACCUUUUUAUUCUGAGAGGCUUAAACUUCAGUGAAUUCCUCCUAUUCUGAUUUAGAACUGGUAAAGAAAUGGAAUUGGAAGGCAUCAUCUCAUUUUUUUUUUAAAUACAUUGGAUUUUCCUUUGUCAUUCUUGCUAUGUGAACAAAUGGCCUUGGCUUAGCUGAAGGCCUGAAUUUUCAAGUCGAUUCCUCCGGCUUUACCAAAUCUUUAUUAAUCCUUGUUUUGUAGAUUUUAGUUAAGAUAUUUGCAUUUCUCCUCUAAUGUGAAAAUCACAUUUCUGUGUUAUCGGGUUUUGCCGGGCUCUCUGGAAAGCAGACGUUGCUCAACAUCUAAUUUAAUUCCUUGAGUAAAAAUCUCACAGCAUUAUGCUAAGUCAGAUCCAUAUGCUCGUCGUAUGAAUGGUACACUUUUGAUAACAGGCCCGCACUCUCAUAUGCUCAGACACAUUCCUUCUCCAACCCAAUACCUCUUGAGAUGUCACCUAGAUCUGUCGUGCUUUUUAAAAUGACUUGAUACAAAUCUCUCUCCUCUCUGAUCAAAUACUGAUUGUGCAAUCUUUUUUUUUGCUUGGAAAUACCAAAGAGUUUUUCCUCUUACUGGACCUUAGAUUCUAGACUUAUAAUUACUUGUACAUAGAAGGUUUUUUUCUGUGCUAGUAUGGCUGCGGUUGAUUAAACCCUAUUUUAAGGGCUGAAAUCUAACACUGUUGAUGAUAAUACACUAUGGCUGUAAUUAACCUGAUAACGCAGAAGCAGAAUAUGCAAGUUUUGGGAAUUCAGCGAACGCAUUGAGAAGAUAAUAUGACUCCUUGUGUCUGUUUGUAUCAGAUUGGAUGUGUUUCAUAUUUUGGGACAUGUUUAAACUCAAUUGAGGCAAAAUCCUGGAAAGCCCUGGAAAACAAUGCAAUACAUUACCGAACAGAGAGAGGAUUUAUGAAGGGAGAACUGGAUAUUAAACUGUUGUGUAUAGAAAAUAUGACAAUGUCACUUUGUUUGCGAUACAAGAUUUUCUGAUAACGAUGCUUGAUCUAGGGUCAUGUCUUCUGUCACCAGACCAACCUUGUCACAAGAAGAAUAGGACUGCAUAGUGAUGAGUAUCUGGGAAAGGUUAAUCCAUUUGAGUUGGAAACAAAAAAUCCAGCCAAAAAAUGGCUUCCUAAACUAAAGGAGUUUGUUUUAAACAUUUUGAUUACAUUACAAAUAAUAAAACCAGUUACAUACUAUUGAAUUUUAGUAUGCGCAUUUCCUUACCAUAGACUGUAAUAAAGAUCGACGAUGCAUCUCCACUUCCUACCACUUUAAAAAAGUGAAGCCAGAAUAUCCCGGAUAAGGGC